ACGUGUGAAACGAUUUAGGUUACAAUGUAGGCACUGAAGAAAAUCCCUCGUAGGUGGUAAUUACCUAUGCGUGAACUUACAGUAAGCAAGUUGACGAGGACGAAGUUCCUGUAGAUUAAAUGGCAUGUACUUAAAAUGGCUGUAGAUGACCUGACACACACCCAACUUUGAAUAUGAUCGUGACAUCCUGGAAGGAUGUUGGUAUUAAUCCAUGCCUAGAGGGGUUUGACACCAAGACAGUCAGGCACAUUUUGUAACACUGCAUGGCCAACAUAGGCAGCUGAUGAACAGUCUUUGAUCUAUUUUCAGUUCAGAGUGGGCCAUGGCUGAUCAGAAUGCAAGGACAUUUAUUUUCUGGCAUAAGAAAAAGGAAUAAAAUAGUAUUAAUAAAAACAACGAUGGACGUAUAAUUUUGUGUGGUGUAAUUUGUUUAUUGCAUCAGUUGAAUUCAGCGUAUGAAGGUUUCUCGUGUCAUCAGUACGCAGAAAACGGAUAAUGUGUGAUUGAAAUUGUGAUACUGGGUGUCCUCUGAAGGCCUUUAAUUCAGGAAGGACAAGUUACUGAAUUUGUUAGUCAUUUAAUAUUAAGUGUUGACUCAUGCAUGCAGCUGGGCACAUUAAUUCCAGCUAGUAGGUUACGUCUUAUUAUUGUGAAUAGCAGAAGUGCCAAUUUGCAAAUUGGGCACAUAAUGCGUAUGUUAAAACGACUACUGAGGUUCAUUCUUUUGCUGUCUGCCUCAUGAAGAAUCACAGUCAGGCAUAAUUUAACAAUGACCUCUGUGUGGAAACGCCUUCAGAGGGUUAAUAAGCAUGCUGCCAAAUUCCAGUUUACAGUUUCUUAUCAUCAGGUGACAUUAGAGACUACAUCAAAAUGGAAGCCUAAUAAAUUGAGUGUUGUGUGGACUAGACGUAGUCGAAGGGCCACAUCAGAGCCAUUACCAUGGGAACCAACCAUGAAAGAUCCCUUGAGAGGAGUUGUGGUGUGGGCAGUGCCAGAGAACAAAGAGGUGUCAGUCACUUUAUUCAAAGAUCCUAGGACGCAGACAAUGGAAGACAAAGAGUGGACAUUUGUUAUUGAAGAUGUGUCACUUAAUGGUAAAAGAAGACAAGUAGCUGCAACAAACAUAAACAUGCAGAAAUAUGCUAGUGUCGAGUCAACGCAACAUCAGCUGACUCUUACCUUUAAGCCUACUACUAAGAAGAUAGUUGGGGCUACAAUGGAUUGUACUUUGUCCUGUGUCCUGUUAAGAGAAGGCAAGGCAACAGAUGAAGAUAUGCAAAGUUUGGCAAGUCUUAUGAGUGUCAAUAAUAAUGAUAUUGCUCCUCUUGAUGAUUUUGAUGAUGAUGAUGAUGAUGGGGAAGAUGGUAGUCAGAAGCUCCAAGAAGUGUUAGAUUUAACAACACAAAUUGACUUAUUAACAAACAGCCUGAGUGGCUCUGAAAUUGCAAGUACCCCUAUCAGUGUUGCUAGUCUGUCUUCAUACCAGAGGGACGAAGCUACACCAGUCGCGACUGAAGGCAGAAGUUUCUCAGAUGCAGAUACUGUAGGAAGUUGUGGUGAAGCAGUUAGCACCUCAGCAACUCGGGAGCCGUCACCAGCAGAGAAGCAAGGCGUCGUAAAUGAGUGUAGGGAUGGCACGCAACCUGAGGACAAGUCACACAGUUUAGCACCAACAUCAGUUGCUUCUGAAGAAGAGGAUUAUCGUAAUGUGCGUCUCACAUUACAACCUCUUAAUUUGCAACAGGGAGAUGAGAGAUCACCACGUGUGAAGGAAACUACUCCUGGGCAGGAUUUGCUGGAGUGGUGCAAGGAAAUCACUCGCGAGUAUCAAGGAGUCAAGGUGACGAACCUUACCACCUCCUGGAGGAAUGGCAUGGCUUUCUGCGCAGUGAUACAUCACUUCCGGCCAGAUCUUGUGGAAUUUGAUUCUCUAUCUCCACAUGAAGUGAAAGGAAACUGCAAGAAGGCGUUUGAUGCUGGAGAAGCUCUAGGUAUACCUAGGGUAAUAGAGCCUGCUGAUAUGGACGUCUUGACGGUACCAGACAAGUUGGCUGUUAUGACAUAUUUGUAUCAACUGAGGGCUCAUUUCACAGGUCAUGAACUGGAAGUUCAACAGAUCGGCAAGACAACGGACGAAUCUUCGUAUAUGAUUGGCCGCUUCAAUACUGAUACGGACACGGACGUUACCGUGCAGUUAUUCGGCCAAGAAAUCAUGAAUUUACGUAAGAGAGAAGCAGUGGAAAGGAGACAGAACAAGGGAUCAGUAAGCAAUAGAAGGUCUGGUUCUGCUGACUCGGGUGGGACGACAGAGAGCGACAGUAGCAAGAACAGCGUCAUUACUCCAAAAGUGGCUCGGCAGAACUCGGGUCUGAGAUUGAGACUGCCCCUUCCUCUUGUCAGCAAUUCUGACUCUGGGGACAGCAGUGAACGUUCACCUACGUCAGUCAAAGAAGUCAAAGACAAAAUAUUAGCAAGCUCUAAAAGCAUUCUGGGCAAGGUGCUCUCACCUACCAAAGAGAAGUUUGCCAGAGACAAGAGUAAAUCUCCUGUCACAACAACCCAGCGUCCAGUUCUUAUGACAAGACGCCAGUUGACUGAUCCAUUUGGUUCUGAUGAUGAAGAUGAAAGUUCUGUGAUUGCAAGUGAAGACAGGAAAAGUGGUAACUGUCCUUUAACAAGAUCUCAGUCAUCACAGGAAUCAAUUCAUUCUUCAGACACGAAGAUGAGCAGAGAGGGGUCAGAAGGAUGCGAAAUGAACGGUGUUCAACAGGGCCUUUCACCUGCACGACAACAACAUCAUAUUUUAACUCGCCAUGAUGAACUGAGAGAGCGAGCUCGUCAGUUGCUGGAACAGGCAAGGAGAGAAGCCGCUGCCCGUGGCAAUAACCUUCAGCUGACGGCGCAGUCACCGGUCAAGGGUGAAGAGGAAAGACAGCAGCAGUUGCGGGAGCGCGCGCGGAAACUCAUAGCUGAAGCAAGGAUGGGUGUUGUUGGGACGCAAGGAAGGGGGUCUAACGUGGAAAUCCCGAGCUCUGAUGACCAGAACAAUUCUCUGUUACCGCCUUCUCCUGAGAGAAUGCAGAUCACUCUUUUUCCUACUGACAGAUCUGUUGGGAAUAAGUUGCUCACUGUUUUUCAGACUGAAGAGAAUUGUAAUGUCCUGGCAUGGAGUCCGUCCAGAACCACAGCACCUGCGCUGCCGUCUCAUACCGACAGUGUGGCCUCUGCUGUCAUGCAUCCAAGUCAGUCAGCAGUCGAGGAGAGCCCCGCUAAAAAGAAUACGUCGCCUCUUCACUCCUUUACGUCGCUCAUGGAUCGAAUCUCACCGGACAGAACCGCUGGUGACGUAUACCAGAGGGGGCAUGGCAAAGACAUGGUAAAUUACAUCCAGAAUGAGCUUGAAGCACUGGAGAGGGAACAGAAGCAGAUUGACAAGCAAGCAGCCUUACUGGAAAAGGAUCUGCGAAGAGUGAUGGAAUCAGGUAAUGAUCGAGAAAGAGAAGAACAGCUGAUGGCCAAGUGGUUUACGCUAGUGAACAAGAAGAAUGCUCUCUUAAGAAGGCAGAUGCAGUUGAAUAUUUUAGAGAAGGAAGAUGAUUUAGAGAGACGAUUUGAACUUCUUAAUAGGGAAUUGAGAAGCAUCUUGGCCAUGGAAGAUUGGCAGAAAACAGAGGAACAGAAAGUUCGUGAAAAUCUGUUACUUGAUGAACUGGUAACAAUUGUCAAUAAGAGAGAUGAAUUGGUUCAUCACUUGGACUCGCAGGAGAGAGCUAUUGAAGAUGAUGAUGAAAUAGAGCGAGAUUUGAACAGAGUUUCGAUGCCUCAACAAAAUCGAAAUUGUGUUGUGCAGUAAAGAAAAAUAAGAAUUUAAAAAGUGAAUAAAUGUUUUGCAAGCUAAACAUUGGUUAUGUGCCACAAUCAUGAUCGCUGUAGACUGCCAAAGAAGAAUUAAUUUUUCUCUCAUUUAAACUACUGUCAUCUAUUUUUUAAAAUAGUAGGAUGCAUGUGUGUGGGUGCUGCACGGUUGUCUAGAAAGUGAAAGUUGUGGCAUUGUCGUGGACAAAUUUGAGAGGUAAGAAGAUACAAAAGAACAGGGUUUGGUGGUUUCGCCUCUGCUUCUGUCCCGUGUUGUGUCUGAUGUUACGUUGUAUCCCAGUGGACUGGGCAUCCUGUUUCCUACUGGCAGUCUGGCCCAACGCUGAGAGAAGUGGAUAUUUUUGCAGUGCCCCUCUGUUUUAUGCAUGUAUAUUUGUAAUUAGCUGGCGAUAUUUGAAAUUAUGUUGAGUUCAAGUAGAUGACAUCUUUGGUGUAUAUUUUUUCUUCGAGAUUUUUUUUUGUCAGUAAAAUAUAAAUGUUUUUGAAGCACAGUGAAACCUGCUGCUAAUUGAAUCCCCAAGGGGUCUGAAUAGUUUCUCACUUCAGGUGCGUUUCUAUGUAGCACAGGAGCUAAUUGUGUUUUCCAGAUUAUAAGAUGCGACCAGGUUAUAGAGGGACAUUUUAGAAAAUUUUUUGCUAUAAGGUACAUGCAGAUUUUAGACAUUUUCAAGCAAAAAAUAAAUAAAGCGUGUCUUAUAAGAAUGUAGUACUUUAGAUAAAAGACUUACAUGGUGUGUACCAUGUGUAUUUAUGAACAAAAUCACAUCAGUCUGUCUGUUUUGUUUCGUUCUCCAGUCACUAGUUCAGUAAAAUGCCGCGAGGCAUUCCGUUUCUGAACGGAGUCCUCAGACAGUUCUAGAAAAAACAAUUAGAGCAAAAUUAUUGAGCAAGCAACAACAGAUUUUCAAGCUUGUUCUUGUUUUUUGUGUGUGUGUUAAACUUUUUCUUCUUUGUCCUUGCAUUGAACGUUUAUUACAGAUAGGGUUACAUUUGUUUUCCGCUCUAUAUUCGUGGGACCAGAGAAAUUUCCUGAUAAAGGAAGGUUUUAUAUAAUGCAGGUUCCAUUGUAGGCAGGUUUUACUGUACAAAGUGCUCUUGCUUGUUAAAUUGAAUUUAGAAAACAGACUAUUGAACCCUGUUAUAAGAAUUACAUCUGACUUCUUUCAUAUUUGUCGUGUGCCAGGAAUUUUGAGAACGUCUGUUCGUUGUGUGGACACGAGAGAGUCAUCUUUUGAUUUUCUGUGCUUUAAAUGUGUACUGCACAAUCUUUCAUACUGUCGCAUGUUAUUAAAGUGUUGAAUGACAAUGUGUGGUUUUUCAUACUGAUUCUUGUACAUGUAAGUUGAAGCUUUACAAUUUUAUUACACGCCUUAUGUUUGUGGAAAAUAAUUACAUUUUUGUAUGAAUAUAUUCUGCCCAUUGCAUACAAAUUACUUAUCAAUACUGUAAUACACUGCUCUUUGUUGGUACGUGAUUGAUGUCUGAGAACGUAAAGGUAUGCAGUUUAAUUUCAGUUUCAAUACUUGCGGUGCGUAGGUAUGAGUAACUGACAACAGCAUGAUGUGGCAACACUGUGGUACCAAAUAAUGUGUUCGAUGCUGCUAGUGUGUCCAUUGACACAUGCAUUAGUCACAUUUCAUUUGGCACUUUACUGUUGCCACAUCAUGCUAAUUUACACUUGGGUACCAAUGAAACUGUUACUCGCCCACGUGUCGUUAAAGUUCACGGGCACAGACAACGCAACCGCGGCUCACCAUAGACUGACAACCGCCAUCAGACCAGUGGACUGAUAGCUAAGUGCCCAAUAUAAUACACCAACUCCUGUGCAACCAACAUCCAACGAAGUGUUACUAAAUAUGAAGAACUUACCUUUAUGCUCUGUUAAAAAAACUUUUAAUCUUUUGAUUUAUAUUAUAUGAUUUAACUUGUUUUUUUUGCCACUGAUGAUGACCUCUUGAGGUCGAAACGCGCUUGGCAUUCAUAGUGUAAAUUCCUGUUUGUAUGCGUAUUUUAUAUUUGGAGCUUUACAUUUCUGUGUCUCUCAGUUCAUUGUACGGACUAACUCAAGAGCUUGUUACUCGGUAAAAGUGGAGCAUGUUGGCGAUCUCAUUUUGUGUGUGAACCUUCUUUACCUUUGCACGAAACAUUGUGCUGUAAAAAAAGACAACAGCAAAGAGCAGUGUGAACUUUUGUAACUUAUCUGUAAACUAUAAAGUGUGCCAUCUUAGUCAUAGAAUAUACUGUGUACAUAGCCACUUGAUAUUCUGAACAGUUGACAUUAAGUUUUCACGUGACUUCACCUGUGCGAAUGAUUGGAAUUUAAGGCCUUUUGAAUAUCAGCAGAAGCUGUUAAGAUCAAUGGAAGAAGAGAAUUAAUUAACAGCCACAGUACUUUAGCAGAUAAGAAGAAAAAGAAUAACAGUAUGUAGUAAAUAUUUAUUCCAAGUUUACCUUUUUAUGAUGUAUUGAGGGUCAUUACCAUCUCUGUAUGAAUCAUCAGUAUAAAAUAUUUACAUUUUCUUACUUAAGACAGAUUUAUACAUGUAUCACUGUCAGAUCACAUUAUGAUAAUUUUUCAAGACAGACAGAAUAUAAAGAAAAAUUUUUGCCUGGGAAACUUCUAAGCCUCUUUUCCAUCCUUGUGGGCCAAUGUUCUGUUCUGUUGCAGUUCCAUACAGAUGCUAAUAAUUUGACAUUUACGUUUGUUCCUGAAGACCGUGCAACGCACUUGAACCUCUCGGCCUUCUGAGCAUCGAGCCAUUCCAAAUCAGUGACCCUCAGUUUUUAUUUGGGAAUUAAUAAUUCAAUCUGCUGCUGCUGUUGGUAGUUUUGGGUUGUUUUAUAAGGAGUAAUUCUUAUUGAGAAACAAAAGCCAUUGUCUUGACAUAUACAAAAGGAGUUGUGAUUUAUUCAUACCAUAAAGAUCAGUUUCAACAACAUAUAAAGAAGCUAAACAAAUGUAUAAAUUUUAAUGGUUUCUGCAGUUCAUAAGAUAUUUUACAGUUUAUUUUAUUUCUGAUAAGACAAACAUUCAGUUAUGAGAAAUUCAGCUGUGUGCGCUUAUGUUACCAUGCAUUCUUGCCAGAUAUAAGUUCUAGUAGACACUAAUGUUAUAGACUAGACUCAUAGUGUUAAUAUUGUAAUAAUAUUCGUAUACUUGCUUCAGAACUUAAGAAAGAAAAUCAGGUAUUGCAGUUUGUGCUGUUUUAAUGCAUACAAAAUGACAAAAGAAAUGGGUGUUCACUGCUACUGUAUGUUAAUAUGCAAGACAGUCGCAAAUAAUGGUACACUAUAAUUCAUUGACAAAUGCAUAGCUUAUUUAAAACAGGUUACUUUUUAUGGGAUUCUUGUUGUUAGUAUAUAGCAACAUAGUAAAAUACAUUAUAAUUAUUUAAGAUCAUUGAGUUGAAAUAAAUUACUUUACACUGUAA